GGAGAACUGGGGCGCUUCCUGUGUCGGUAUCGGUGCUGGUCUAAAAAAGCUCCGCAGGUAGAAUCGCGUGAUCGAAUGUCUUUUCGGUGCGACGAAAAUGGUGAAGUGUGGGAGAGAGUGGGCUUCGAGUGAAGGCUUUGAUACCUCGAAUCAUGACAGAGGCGUCGGACGAUUGUUGUUGUAGCAAUCUGGUGAGAGUCCGCGCUCAGGUAAUGACGAGAGAUGACAGUUCGGGUGGUUGGGUUCCUUUGAGCGGCGGCGGCUUGGCAAAUGUCUCAGUCAGGCGCAGAGUUACCUCAUCGGGAAUACAUCAGACAAACAAUGCCAAUGGAACUGGUAUCUCUGCGCAUUCUACAGCUGUUGCUCCUCAAAACCAUGGAUCCUCUAGUAUCUCCCCACCUGGCGCGAAUAAAAGGAAAUACGAGUACCUUAUAUACGGCAAACGCAUUACGGAUCAGUCGAUUGUUCUCAGUUGUACAAUUAAAAAGGAUUUCGAAUAUAAUAAAGUAAUGCCAACCUUCCAUCACUGGCGAACGGGGGAGAAGAAGUUUGGCUUAACAUUUCAAACGGCUGCCGAUGCAAGAGCAUUCGACAAAGGUGUUCGAACGGCAGUCGAGGAAUUAUUAGAAGGUCUGUCCGACUUGACAACCGCCAAUACUUCAGAUACCGGCGACGAGGAUGUUUUUAUGACGUUGAAUUUGCCGUUGGAACCACCCGAGCUACGUCCGUCUUCAGACACGCCUCACGGGAUAGUUCGAGUACCGAAUUACUCUCAGUAUACGGAGCUUACCGAUCCGCACCGAUCUAUCCACUACAUCGGCGGCUCCCCCGUUAAAAGCCCGCCGACGCAAUACUCCCUGACAUCCGCCGCGGAUAUCGGAUCGGACAAUUACCCCUACGUGCAGCUCACGACGCUUAAUCAUGAAUAUCUGUAUCCAAUCAUCGACGAUCAGAAGAGCGAACGAUUGGACGGGCACAACACCUCCAACAGUGGCAGCUCCCUGAAGAAGCCGGAUAUCAUAAUAUCGCAGCCCUCGAAAAACACCGGCAAGCGCAACGUGCACCUGCGCUGCAAGCACUGUCAGGAGCUCUACUCCGAGCAGCAUAAUCCUAAGGGCUCCUGCGAGUACGCCCCGGACCCGAUCAGGCGCGGGAUCGCGACGGUCUCCUGUUUAUCGUGUGCCCAAUGUAUGUUGUAUCACUGCAUGAGCGACGCCGAAGGUGAUUUUGCACAAAACCCUUGUAGUUGUAGUACGGAGGAGGGAUGCGGGCGCAGGUGGUUCGGUUUGGCUCUGCUGUCGCUGAUCGUUCCCUGCCUGUGGAUCUAUCCUCCGCUGAAGGCUGUACACUGGUGCGGGAUGUCCUGUGGGAUAUGCGGCGGACGUCACCAUCCCAUGGAAUAACUAGAGGAACCCUUUGGUGCCUCUGCUCCGUACUCGAUUGGAUUAGACGAUUUCUCGGCGCCCCGCAACGCGGUCGCCAAUGUGUACGAGUGUCACGAUCUGAGUAUGGGUCGCUGCCAGAGGUAUCAAAGGGGUAGACAGCUUCCGGUACAUGCACUUAUCCAUCAGCGUCAUCUCUGAGGGCCGGAGGAGAACUCGAUUCUAGCACAAGGUGUCGCGAAAUGCGUAGAGGCACGAUGCAUAUUCCGUACAUUUUGUAUUACCUUAUUAGCGAGCCGCAUAAUUAGUCUUCUCUGUACAUUAAACGGGGGUGGAAGUCAAAUAGUAUUUACAAUCCGAACGAUCGAUCUGGUGGCGAGCAGCGAGUGGACUCGGACCGAUUACUUGUGAUACACGCGUGGCGGUGCACAUUGUGAGAGUGUAGCUUCUGUGAGUCGACACGAGAAAGAGAUGCUUCCGUUCUCUCUCAGUCUGACAGAGUGAUUUCCGCCUAGUGACGACUAACGGAGAGAGAGAGAGAGAAAACGGAUAAGGUAACUUCUGCUGGGAUUAUCUGUAAGAGGAUAUAUCCUCAUUGUUAGAUCUGAUUCGGUCGCGCACGCGCGACUAUUUAAAUCAUCAGCCGCAUCAGCGACAGAGUUUUCGUUCGUCCAUCUUCAUUCCCCGUAUUGUGCUAUGAAAUUGGAAAAUGGUAAACGCGCGAGAAAUUAAUUUCCUAAGUUAAUUUUAUUACAGCUGAUAAAUUGACUUAAUAAGUUAAUUUUAUUAUCGUUCCAUGGAUUUUCCGUCUUUUUUUCCCCAGAUAACAAAAUGAUUUCUUGAAACUAGAUAUCGCACUAAUCGUUCGUUACGAAUUUGAUCAGCAGAAAUUUUCUGGCAAAAUUGAAAACCAAGUGCUAUAAUAUCUUUCGUGUUCAAUAAUCUUGGCAGAAUCUUGACAGAGAUCUGAUAAGGUUUAUUGAAUCUUGUAUUUACAAUGUAUGGAUAUAUAAAUAUAAAUAUUUAUAUUUAUUUAUAUUUAUACUUAUACCUGUUAUACGAAAGAUCAUACAAAUCACAUUACGUUUUAGCGUACUCUGCAUUUUUGUUAAAUAAAACCCUACUCCGAAUUCAUCAGAGAAUCUCACUACGUUUAAAUUACAAAUUAAAAAAUACAUAUUUUGUUAUUUUCACUAUUUUGUGAGUUGUGACAUAUAUAAAAUUGAUGUAGCAUGUUCAUUUGGCAAAAUUCUUAAGAUGCUUCAUUUUUUUCUAAAAUUACAGUUUGAUCAAUUUCACUUUAUUAAAAAGAUACAUGACAGAUGAGAUAAAAAUGGACUUCUCAAUUAUUAAUUAGUUAGAUAAUUGCUUUAUUACAAUUUACGUUUUUCUAGUCCACUUAAUUCUCUUCUUUAAUGAGUUUAUAGAUUUUUAUUAAUUUAUAGGUUAUUAUACAUGUGACAGUAUCUAAUACCAAUAUCUAAUUAUAUCAAUAUCAAUCUCAAUAUUAUUUUUUUAUAUUUGUGAACUCCUAUGUUCCAUAAUAUAAAAAUUUUUAUCGUUGAUCUAGAGAGAAUCAAAUUAUUUUACUCGUCUACCAAACUAAUCCACAAUAAACAUAUGUAGACAAUAUUUAUUUAUAUUGAGACUGUGCGGAAAAUUGAAUCGAGGUCUUUGUUAAAUUAAGCAUUUCUAAAUAUCACAAAUCAGUUAAUUAUUUUCUAUUCUUAUUUACCUGAAAUUUCGAAAAAAAUUGUAAGAGGAUAUUUUCUUCACUCAAAAUUGGAAAGCUUAUUUCCAAACUGUCUUGUGCAAGUUUAUUUUUUAAAUUAUUUAUUUCUUACAAAAUAUCUGAAACGGUUUGGAAGUGAACUUUUCAAUUAAGAUAUUAACGUAUGUACAACAUACAGUAUACACGCAGUAUAAAUGAUACAUAUUAAUAUGAAUUUUAGCGUAUUUCAUAUCUGGCAUUUAGUUACGUCAUAAAAUGAUCCUAAAUAUCAUCUUUCUGUUUUAAGAUAAAUAUUAUGACUCUUUUUUUUUUUUUAUUUUCAUAUUCGCUUUUUACUUGUAUGCGGUUAUAAGUUAUAUACCAGAGUAGUGUAAUAUUUUUAUUUUUACGUGCUAUGUUUACAUACUAGUUAACAAUAUUGAAACCUUGUAAAUAUCGAUACCGGUGAUGAACGGUUAUUUGGAAUUUCAUAAAGUAUCGUUACAUGGAAGUUCAUUCUCAUGAUAUUUGCCUUUACUUUUUACUGACAUGUGUUUAACGUUAAAGAGAUUUAUUUAUAUAAUGGACUAACGUAUCUACAUCGUGCUUUACAUUAUAGAUAUAUACGAAGUGUUAUUAAAAUGCCUUGACUGGAAGAGACAUUUGUACAUUUGCAGGCGUGUUCAUCAAAAAGUACAUCUACGAGAUUUAGCCAAGAAUUUUAGUAACACCCAGUAUAUAGACGUCAUACGUAAAAAUGACGCAAGCUAAUUCUUCGAAAGCUAUUAAAAGAGAGUAACAGCAAACGUUUUCUUUUUUUAAUAUUUUACAUACGUAAUCUUAACGUAAAUAUUUAUUCCCCGAAUCUCAUCUUUGCGAAAAAUUUCAGAAGUUUCAUUGCAUAAACAAUCUCGUAUUAUAAGUGUGCUCUUCUUCGAAUAUUACAACAGGAAACUUUGUUAAUAUUGUAGAUAUCACAGAUUGUUUACUGCCAUAAAAAUAAUACUUAAUUUUUGUAUGAAUUGUGCACGUAUCAUCGCUAAUUUUAAGCAUUGAGCUGAUACAUUUGUAAUGUAGGAAUGACCUGUAUAAUAUUUAAUUAAUGGUAGAAAAUAUUUUUUUAUAUGUAAGUACAAAGCUAAUUUCUCGACAAGUGUGUUGUGAAGAGGCAUACCAAAUGAAAAGAAAUUGCACGUGUGAUAAUUCCCACAGGUGUAACGCGUAGAUAUAGGUGAGAACGUACGAACUUUUAUUUAAAUUGCUUUAAUAACGAAGCAAAUGUGAUACGCAUAAUUGAACCGAAAAGUCUACAACGUGUCUGUAAAAAGAUUAGAAUAAUUUAUAAUAAGAUAGAAAUAUAAAUAACAAAGUCUGUAUGAUAGUAUUGAUGAUGUUAGUCGAUAACGAUGGCCAAAAGAUGAAUGGGAGUACAUAAGUGUGAAAAGAAGAAGCUGCCGUGUAGAGAAAGUGAAAGAAGAAGGAAAGAUAAUGGUGUUAGCAAGAGAAAAGAGAGAGCCGAAAGAGGAAUAGAAAAAGAAGAACAAGAUGACAAGUGAGGAGAGAAGGAGAAAAAAAAUGAAAAAGAGUGAUGGUGAGGAGAAAAUGUAGAAAAGGAGCAAACGAUAUUUUGUGUGUAUGUUAUUUACGUGUGCGCAUGUGUGAAAGGAAACAAGUAGAAAAAGUAUAAUUAGGAAUGCAAAUCCAUGCAAAUGCAAGAUAUCCCGUUCCUUUUUUGUCGAGGGGUAAUAACAAAGCUCCUGAUAUUGAAUUUCGAGAAAAGGAUCGUGAUAUCCUCACACAAUCGAAGCAUCAACAAUAUUUAAGUUACUAAAUUGUUGUUAAACAAACCUAUCUUUAUUAUCGAAAUUAAAAAAAAUUUUUUAAACAAUUAAGCUGAAAAGUUACUUCUCCCGGGAUAUCCUGUGUGCAUAUUAAGCAACAAGCUUGCAUUCAUGAGUAACCGAAAAAUAAGUUUGAAAGUUCUCGAACCGAGAUGUUUACGGUGCCUGUCUGGAAUAUAACAUUUUUAAUAUUUGUGGCAGCACAGACUUGGGGGGGGAAAAAAAA